AUGUCGUCUAUCCAGUGUCUGAACCCCAAGGCCGAGCUCGCUCGACACGCCGCCGCCCUCGAGCUGAACAUCAGCGGGGCUCGUGGCCUCCAGGAAGUGAUGCGCUCCAACCUUGGACCGAAGGGCACGAUCAAGAUGCUUGUCUCUGGCUCGGGUGACAUCAAGCUGACGAAGGACGGCAACGUGCUGCUCCACGAGAUGGCCAUUCAGCACCCAACGGCGUCAAUGAUCGCCAAGGCAUCGACGGCUCAAGACGACGUCACCGGAGAUGGGACCACGUCGACGGUGCUUUUGAUCGGCGAACUGCUCAAGCAGGCCGAGAACCACGUGCUGGAGGGGGUACAUCCCCGUCUGAUCACCGAGGGCUUCGAAUGGGCCAAUCAAAAAACGAUGGAGCUUUUGGAGAAAUUCAAGGUAACAAAGGAGAUUGACCGCGAGACGCUGAUCAACGUGGCGCGCACCUCGCUGCGAACCAAGCUGAACCAGAAGCUCGCCGACCAUAUUACGGAUUGUGUUGUCGACGCCGUGCUCACCAUCCGUCAGGAGGGCCAAGUCCCCGACCUGCACAUGGUCGAGCUCCAGGAGAUGAUGCAUGAAAGUGAUAUGGACACGACCCUAGUUCGUGGUCUCGUUUUGGACCAUGGAGCUCGUCAUCCGGAUAUGCCGCGACACGUCGAGAACGCCUACAUCUUGACGUGCAACGUGUCGCUCGAAUACGAAAAGACGGAGGUAAACUCCGGUCUCUUCUACAAAUCGGCCACGGAACGCGAGAAGCUACUGGCUGCUGAACGUGACUUCAUCACCAAGCGUGUUGAGCGUAUCAUCGAGUUGAAGAAAUCGGUCUGCGGUGAUGAGACCGACCCGAAGAAGCGCAAGGGCUUCGUCGUCAUCAACCAGAAGGGAAUCGAUCCGCCGUCGUUGGAUCUACUGGCGUCGGCUGGUAUUAUGGCUCUGCGACGUGCCAAGAGGAGAAACAUGGAACGUCUCCAGCUGGCUGUUGGUGGAGAGGCCGUGAACAGCGUAGAGGAACUUACUGCUGACGCGUUGGGCUAUGCAGGACUCGUCUAUGAACACACAUUGGGAGAGGACAAAUACACCUUCGUCGAGGACUGCAAGGAUCCAAAGUCAGUCACACUGCUGCUGAAGGGCCCAAACAAGCACACCAUCGUCCAGAUCAAGGAUGCCAUUCACGAUGGUCUACGGGCUGUGCUGAAUGCCAUUACAGACGAAGCCGUGCUUCCUGGAGCUGGUGCUUUCGAGAUUGCCGCUUACUGUAUGCUCAAGGAUGAGAUAAAGAACCUGAAGGGGCGUGCAAAGCUCGGCGCUGAGGCCUACGCGACGGCGCUUCUCGUCAUCCCAAAGACGUUGGCGGUAAACGCGGGGCAUGAUGCCCUAGAUUGCAUUGUGAAGAUGGUCGAGGAACGACAGGCGAAUCCGGAUCAGGCGAUUGGCCUCGACAUUGACACCGGUCUCCCAGCAAUCCCGAUGGGCAUCUAUGAUAACGUAAUUGUGAAGAAGAAUUCGCUUUCUUCAUGCACGGUGCUCGCCUGCAAUUUGUUGUUGGUUGACGAGGUGAUGCGCGCCGGCAUGACGAAUCUGAAGAACCCCAACUCGGGCAUGGAA